AGGUUCAGCAUGGGUGCGAGGUGCUGGAAGCCAGGCGGGCCACUGCUGUUGGUGUUGCCUAAUGUGACGGCACUGCUGCUGCUCGCCGGGACUUUCCUCAUGCUGAACUGGCCGGCCAUCUCUAUCAGGCCUUCUGCUGUGAAGCUCAGUCGUGGUGGCGUGCGGAUGGAACAGCUCGAGAAGUCGACAAGUUGUUCUCGGCCUUGUUUGGAUGGACGGAAGGCUAAGGAAUGCUACUUCAAGUUUGUGCUGGAACCUCGCCUUACAGUCAACAGAGGAUGCUCGAAGUGUCCGGGAAAUGACACCGAGUGUGUGGAGCGCCACUGUUCUCUUGCAGACGGAGUACAGAGAGUAAUGCUCUCUGUGAAUGGGGAACUUCCAGGAACUGCUGUGCGGGUUUGCGAGGGAGAUAUAGUCGUUGUGGAUGUGACGAGUCACCUGCGCGGCUUGGAGACGGCCCUGCACUGGCAUGGGCAACUCCAGCGGGGUUCUCCGUACAUGGAUGGCGUCCCUAUGAUUACACAGUGCCCCAUACAGAGCGAGACCCGUUUCCGCUACAAAUUCCGUGCUUCCAACGCCGGAACUCACUUCUACCAUUCUCAUUAUGUUUCUCAUCACGCAGACGGGAUCUUCGGCCCUUUCAUUGUACGACAGUCUCCUCAACGUGACCCUAAUUCUGACCUCUACGAUUAUGACCUUGACGAGCAUGUCCUGAUCGUUUCUCCCUGGUCACACAAAGCUCUUACAUACGAUUUAGAGUCACAGGAAGACAUCGAAGUAUCGUCAGUACUUAUCAAUGGAGAGGGCAGCCAUUUCAACCCAGAAUCAAGAACAAGAAACCAUAUACCGAAAACCAGAUUUUUAGUUAAAUGGGGUGACAGAUACCGAUUUCGUGUCAUAAACGCCGCAUCUUUGGACUGCCCAAUUCAACUUCAAGUGGAGGGGCAUGAACUGACUAUCAUUGCAACGGACGGAGUACCCGUGAAGCCCACAACUGCUUCGCAUCUCUUGUUAUUUCCAGGUGAACGAUAUGACAUAGUUAUCAGUGCGAAUCAGGCAAUAUCAUCAUACUGGUUAAUGGUCAUAGGUCAUGAUCAGUGUAAAAAUCUUCAUCAGGAAGCAUUUCUUGUCUAUGAUGGUGCCAUUCUACCUCAUGAAUUCAAUGAAGCUACCAAAUCUUCCUUAAAUGCGCUAAUGGCUACUAUGAUGAAGACAUGUUCCAGCUUGUCUGAUGCCACUUGCAGGCCACAGGAAAUGAAGGAGUUGCAUAAAACAGAUGUACAGCAUCUGUCUGCAGAACAGCAGAAACCACAUGCUGACAUGAAGCUGUAUAUUCCCUUUGAUGUUUAUGUGUAUGAUGCCUUUGAUGACAAGGAUGUCAACUUCAGAUUCAUGCUGGAAGAGUCAAUAAAUUAUCCAAGUUAUCUUUACAACAGGAAGGCCCCAAUACGGCUGCCCCAGGUGGACAGGCUGACGUUUAAGUACCCACCUUCUCCUCUGCUGAGCCAACCAGAGUCUGUACCCAAAGGGAUGCUGUGCAGUGACGACUGUCGGCGCCGCAAGUUCUGCGAGUGCCUCCAUGUCAUUCACACCCCACUUAAUGUCACUCUCGACAUAGUCCUCGUCAAUGAAGGUCAUGGCAGCAAUCAUUCCAGUACGUUUCAUCUUCAUGGAUACAAUUUCCUAGUUCUGGGUUCUGAGUCUUUGGGUCGCCCUAUAGAUGUUGCCGAGAUUCAAUUGAGUGACAGUCAUGGCUUACUAUCCAGGAACCUUGUAGAUGCACCUAGGAAAGACACAGUUGUGGUACCCAGUAAAGGUUAUGCAAUCAUCCGUUUGUUCACUGAUAAUCCUGGUUCUUGGCUCUUCGAGGCUCGUUCAACGAGCUCGGUCAUAGGAGGAGGAAUGCAGUUCAUCGUCCAAGUAGGAGAGCAAACACAUCUACCUCCAGUGCCAUCAGAUUUUCCUCGUUGUGGUGAUCAUAAAAAGCCCAUUUUUGUGUUUUGACAUAUUGUUAUAUUUAUAUGAAUAUGUGCAAUGUUAUUAUUAAAAAUAGAGUUAUUUAUUAUUUGAA